AUGGCCACUACCGCUUCUACUCCUGCUGUUGCAACUACUGCUGCUCCAGCUGCUGCGACUGAUGCUGCUCCAGCUCCUGCUGCCUCCGGUGAUCAUGAAGUUGCUCAACACACGAAAGAAGACCAUGUCAUCACACGCACAGUUGUGAUUGCUUUGGACUCGUCUCCUUUCUCUGAUCAUGCUUUCAACUGGGCCUGCGAAGUAAACUUAUUAUUUGAAACCGUCAAUAUUGGAGCUUCGUUUGGACAUGUCGCUCAUAUCCUCUAUUCAAAACAGAACUUUGUCAAGUCUGAUUCCGAUUUGGUCGUCCUCAUUUCUGUAAGGAGCGUCGCUACUGUUCCGGGUCCCUAUGGUGCUGCCUAUAUGGACUUCACCGGUAUUCCCAAUACUUAUGCCAGCAACAUCGAAAGCGAAUACCUGACUCAAAUGGAAGAAGCAAACAGGGCUGCCUCUCACGCUCUCUUACAACAAUAUGGAGCAAAGCUCAAGAAAAGCAACAUCGCAUGCAAGGCAAUUGCAAUGAGGGGUGAUCCACGUGACGAAAUCACACGCAAGGUACAAGAGCUCAACGCGGAUGUUUUGGUGGUUGGCAGCCGUGGUCUUGGAGCCAUCAAGCGUACAUUCUUGGGAUCUGUCUCUGAUUAUUUGGUUCACCAUGUCGUCUUGGUCGUUCGUGAUCGUGAAGAUCAAGCUCAACCUCCUACACAAUCUGCUGCUGUACCUGUACCUGUCCCUGCCGCAAGCAAGUAG